CCUUAAAACACCCGAGGCAAACAAAAAUGUUAUAAGACACACCAGCAAAAUGCGAGGUUAGACUUUUUCAGUGUGAGAUCUCACUACCACCUGUCAACUCUCAUUAAGAUCAAACACAUCUUAAGAUGUUUGCUCCUGGUGUAUGUCUGGAUAUCUUAAAGGAGCGCCAGGAAAGCAAUGGUUUGGGCACGCUUAAGAAUCCUGAGAAAUUCCUGGACCAGGAUUAUGAGUUGCUGCACCAGUAUUUCUUAAUUAGAAGAAAAACAUAUAUUGAUGACAUGUUCCCACCUGACAACAGUUCCAUUGGAGAAAAUUUGUUAGAACCUGAGUAUUUGGCUAAAGUGGAAUGGAUGAGGCCAACGCAACUAGUUUCAAAUCCAUAUCUGAUUGUUGAUGGUGUGUCCAGGUUUGACUUUGCCCAGGGAGCAGUGGGAAACUGCUGGUUUCUAGCUGCAGUUGGUGCUCUCACAUUUCAUGAGCCUAUCCUGCAGAAGAUUUUUCCAAUUGGACAGUCAUUUCAAAAAGACUAUGCAGGAAUAUUUCACUUUAGGUUCUGGAGGUUUGGAAAAUGGGUUGAUGUUGUAAUCGAUGACAAGCUGCCAACCAUUGAUGGACAACUCAUUUUUGUACGCCCCCAAAGUCCUAAAACUCCUCAAAGUCCUGGAAUUCCAGAAUUUUGGCCUGCUCUAUUGGAAAAGGCAUAUGCCAAAGUGUGUGGGUCUUAUGAAGACAUGAAAUUUGGCUGGGUAUCGGAAGCCCUAAAGGACUUUACUGGUGGUGUGCACAUGACAUUAUUCCCUAAAUAUGAGAACACCAAAAUUUUGUGGGAUCUGAUGCACCGAGCAGCCAUAGCCAAUUCACUGAUGGGCUGUGGUACACCUGGAAAUGCUGUGUCUAAUGUAAAGCAGGAUAAUGGCCUAGUGGCAGGUCAUGCCUACACCAUCACAGGGGUCACCAUGGUGACAAGCAAUGGCAAUCAGGUUCAACUGGUAAGGCUGUUCAACCCUUGGGGGAACACAGAAUGGAAUGGAAACUGGAGUGAUAGAUCACAAACAUGGAUGACCAUUAGUGAGGAAGAGCGCAAAAAGUACACAAAUGUUGUUGAAGAUGGAGAGUUCUGGAUGUCUAUGGAGGAUUUCUGCAAGUGCUACUGUCAGUUGGAUAUCUGCAAUUACUCAGGUGCAUUUCUGGAUGGUUCCUCUGAAAGCCACUGGAACCUAGUAAUGCAUGAAGGUCGCUGGCUAGCAGGCAGCUCAGCUGGUGGCUGCAUGGCGUAUAAAGACACUUUCUGGUCCAACCCUCAGUUUCUGGUCAAGAUCACAGAUAUAAACAAGGCCUGUGAACCAGCAACAAGCCAAGGGCCAAAUAUGCUUGUGUCUCUUAUGCAAAUACCUGAUCAGAGAAACAGACGUCUUACCAGAAACCUUCCCCUUGGUUUCAGCAUUUUCAAGAGAACAACAGAGAUGAUAGAUUCUAGAAGGGGAUCCAUAUCUUCCUACAGUAAUCUGGUGCAUGCCACCAAAGAUUCUAAAUCCCUGUUUAAUCCACGUGAAAUUACAGACUAUGUAAAACUGGAUCCAGGAGAAUAUGUCAUUGUGCCAUAUACAUCUAGGCCCAAUAAAACAGCCUCCUUCAUCCUGGGCUUCUGUUCAAAGACAGAAACCCACACAGGUGAACACUUUACGACACUCGACUCUGAUGGGAAAGUGAUGCGUCAAAUAUCUGAACAUUAUCAGGAAAUGAACGCAGAGCAGCUUCAGAGAUUUCUAAAUGAGAACUACAUUGGAGGUGGUGUGCUGAGCACAGGAGGAUUCAGCUUGGAUGUUUGCCAGAGCAUUGUUGCUAUGAUGGAUAACUCAGUGACUGGAACACUCAGUGCAGAGGAAAUCAACAACCUGUUGAAAAGAAUUAAUUUGUACAAGGAAAUCUUCUUCCGCGAGGAUACCAACAGAGAUGGCAUUCUGUCACUGAUAGAGCUUCAGCACGCAGUGGAAGCAAUAGGAUUGCGUAUUGGUGACAUUUUGCUGAAACUGAUAAACCUGCGUUUUGCUGACUCCACUGGGCGAAUCACUCUGGAGAGAUUCAUCUUUCUGGCUCUGCGUCUAGAUUGCAUGACUGAAAUAUUCAAAAAACUUGCUGCCAGACAAUAUAUGCUCCUCAAAGAGCAUGAGUGGCUGCAUCUUACUAUGUACUCCUGAAGAAGAGAUGAGAACAAUAUGGCACACUCCAGCGGAUUACAGCAUCUACUUUUUUUUGUUUGUUUAUUUUUUUAAUCAUUAAAAAGCUUUUUCUUAUAUAAAGAGACACGCAAAAACAUGUCUUAGCACAUCCACAUUCCUACUUCUGAUGCAUGUGUGGCAGAGAUUAAUGAACACUACUCUGGUUUGUUUUUACUUGCACUUGUGUCAAAUUACUUUAGCAAACUUUAUCUAGUCAGUGAUUGCUAACCUGUCUGCCAACAGCAAAUCUCAAUGUUUCUUAUGCAAAUAAAAUACAAGCCCAAGCAAUGCUGACAACUUUCAAGUACAUAAUUAAUUGUAAAGUUCAGACCACAACUCUACAACUUCUACAUGUACUGAUUCCUCACAGCAUGAGUCUGCCACCUAGUGGAAAUAUAAUGGAAUCAAACACGCCCUUUCAUGGCUUUCAACAACCAACUCUAUCCUUUUUUUUUUUUUUUUUAAAUCAACUAUAAACUAAAGCAUUUUAAUGUACACUUUAUCUAUAUGCUUGCUGUUGAUUUGCUUACUUAAGAGUAGAUAUAUAGGUUAUAGAGAUGGGGAAACACCUUACUAAUUUUGAUGUAGAAAUUCACUAUAGGAUGGAGUGCAUGCUUUCCUCAGUAGAUCCUUUUAUUCAUUUUUCUUAUUAUUAGCUACCUUUUAAAAGGUGAGGACAUGACAUGAAUAAAAUCUUAGAUAAUCCUAA